AUGGUUUCUCAUUCGGCUGAUUCGACCGAAAAGGUCGUGGUGCCGCCAAACCAUGACGAAUAUGUCAGCAAUGGCGUGAAGAUUGAUGAUAAGGCGCCCAGCGACACUGAUGAUAUGGGUGUUGCGACAAUCACCACGCCGCCUAAUUUUGAUCACAUUGAUGAAAAGAAGGUUCUUUGGAAGAUGGAUAUCCGACUAAUCCCCAUGCUCGCACUUCUGUAUCUGCUCUCGUUUCUUGAUCGUGGAAAUAUUGGCAACGCCGAAGUCGAAGGGCUCAGUGCCGAUCUCGGCAUCUUACCUGACCAAUACAACUGGUGUCUCACAGUCUUCUUCUUCACAUAUGCCGCGUUCGAAGUCCCGUCCAACUUGCUGCUCAAGAAACUCCGCCCCAGUCGCUGGUUGCCCACCAUCAUGGUAGCAUGGGGUCUCGUCAUGACACUCAUGGGUCUUGUCAAGAAUUACCACGGUCUGUUGAUUGCGCGUAUAUUUUUGGGCGUGACUGAGGCUGGUCUGUUCCCUGGUGUAGCUUACUACCUCACUAUGUGGUAUUGUCGACACGAAAUCCAGUUUCGCCAGGCUCUCUUCUUCAGCGCUGCCUCCAUAGCUGGCGCCUUUAGCGGUUUGCUUGCUUUCGCAAUUAGCAAGAUGGAUGGUACGGCUGGACUCGAGGGCUGGCGAUGGAUCUUCAUACUCGAGGGUAUCGCAACUGUUGUUGUGGCAUUUGCCGCCUUCUUCUUGAUUCACGACUUCCCCGACACGGCCUCCUUCUUGACGGAAGAAGAGAAGGCGUUCGUUAUCCAUCGCCUCAAGUAUCAGGGUCAGGCAAAGAUGACCGUAGGCGACGCCGAGACCCAAGCACGCGCGCAGGUCGAGCAGGCUGAAGAAUUCGAAUGGAAGUAUGUCUGGCAGGCGUUUAAGGACUGGCAGAUUUGGGUGAACAUCUUUGUGUACUGGGGUAUUGUCUGUCCGCUUUACGGCAUCAGCUUGUUCCUGCCGACGAUUAUCAAGAGCUUAAACUAUUCCAAGACGGAAGCACAGCUGAUGACGGUGCCGAUUUAUAUCACGGCUGCCAUCUUGGCCGUAAUCGUGGCCUUUUGCUCGGAUAGGGUUGGCAAGAGAAGUCCAUUUGUGAUUGCACCCAUGUGCAUGAUGUUGGUGGGAUUUACAAUGUGCAUUGCGUCUGGCAACCCAAAGGUCGUGUAUGGCGGCGUAUUCAUCGCGGCUUGCGCCAUCUAUCCUGCAUUCCCUGGUGUUAUCGCUUGGCUAUCAAACAAUUUGUCGGGCAGUUACAAGCGGAGUGCUGGCAUGGCGCUGCAGAUUGGUAUCGGCAAUCUUGGUGGUGCUAUGGCAUCCAACUUUUAUCGCAAAAAGGACAAGCCUCGCUACUUCCUUGGCCACGGCCUCGAAAUCGGCUUUAUCGUGCUGGGUAUAAUUGCGGCAUUCAUUCUCAUCCUGGGUUAUAGGAGAUUGAACCGCAAGAGGGAGCGGCAGCUCGCCGCCGGUGAGGCCGAUAAGUAUACUGCAGCAGAGUUGUCUGCUUUGGGAGACAAGGCAAUGACAUUUAGGUACAUGUAUUAG